CUCGAAUAUCUUUCUUCCGAGUUUGGCCCUUGAACUUUGAACCAACUGCGACCUUGAUGGUGGUACAUGUGAAAACGCCGUGCUCCUCCAGCGUCUUAUAUUGUACUGUACUGUAAAUAGUCGGAGAAAAGCAAUGGUGAGAUAUUUUUGUCUUUUGAAAAAAUAUGGAUUGCUGUGUCAUGUUUAGGGAAGCUGUGAAGGAGAAACGCUGCAUGCUUCUCUUGCCAUAGCCCGCACACCUUGCCAAUCUUGGCUGUCUAAUUUAGCUUAUGUAACCGUAAUGACUCCUUGAUAUGUCUUCUACCUUUAGCUAGGACGCUAGCUCAUAUUGUUGCUUUAAUAAGCGAGUUUACUACACUGAACAAAAAUAUAAACUCAACAUAAAGUGUUGGUCCCAUGUUUCAUGAGCUGAAAUAAAACAUCCCAGAAAUGUUCCAUACGCACUAAAAUGUUGUUUCUCUAAAAUGUUGUGCAUACAUUUGUUUACAUCCCUGUUAGUGAGCAUUUUUCCUUCGCCAAGAUAAUCCAUCCACCUGACCAGUGUGGUUUAUCAAGAAGCUGAUUAAACAGCAUGAUCAUUACACAGUUGCAGCUUGUGCUGGGGACAGUAGAAGGCCACUCUAAAAUGUGCAGUUUUGUCACACAACACAAUACCACAGAUGUCUCAAGUUUUGAGGGAGCGCGCAAUUGGCAUGCUGACUGCAGGAAUGUCCACCAGAGUUGUUGCCAGAGAAUUGAAUGUUCAUUUCGCUAACAUAAGCUGCCUCUGACGUCGUUUUAGAGAAUUUGGCAGUAUGUCCAACCGGCCUCACAGUAUGUCCAACCCCUCACGUAUAUGGCGUCGUGUGGGCGAGCGGUUUGCUGAUGUCAACGUUGUGAACAGAGUGCCCCGUGGUGGCGGUGGGGUUAUGGUAUGGGCAUGCAUAAGCUACGGACAACGAACACAAACGGACAACGAACACAAUUGCAUUUUAUCGAUGGCAAUUUAAAUGCACAGAGAUAUCGUGACGAGAUCCUGAGGUACAUUGUCGUGCCAUUCAUCUGCCACCAUCACCUCAUGUUUUAGAAUGACAAUGCACGGCCCCAUGUCGCAAGGAUCUGUACACAAUUCCUGGAAGCUGAAAAUGUCCCAGUUCUUCCAUGGCCUGCAUACUCACCAGACAUGUCACCACCCAUUGAGCAUGUUUGGGAUGCUCUGGAUCGACGUGUACGACAGCGUGUUCCAGUUCCCGCCAAUAUCCAGCAACUUUGCACAGUCAUUGACUAGGAGUGGGACAACAUGCGCUGCAUGAGGCAAAUGGUGGUCACACCAGAUACUGACUGGUUUUCUGAUCCACGCCCCUACUUUUUUUAAAUGUAUCUGUGACCAACAGUCAUGUGAAAUCCAUAGAUUAGGGCCUAAUGAAUUUAUUUCAAUUGACUGAUUUCCUUAUAUGAAAUGUAACUCAGUAAAAUCUUUGAAAUUAUUGCAUGUUGCGUUUAUAUUUUUGUUCAGUGUAGUUAAUGACGCGCUCAUCCGCACUGCGCCUACUGCACAGUCACUGAGCGUGCAUCAAACCCACUCUACCUUUGCCCACUCUGCCUGAUCUGAAAUACUGUCGUAACAGUAUGGCUCUGGCAGGUUCACAAUGUUGACUGUCAACACAAUGUUGUUUGAAACUAACCAGGUCUAAUGUGAGCCAAGGGGGAGACGUGGGUUUUGUUAACAUUGCUGUUGCCAUUCAUUCAUUAUGAGCUGUAAUCUGUCGCAAGACUAGGCCUUCUUGAGCCAAACCAGACUGUUGCGUUCUGUUGACAUAGUGUAGCUAACAAUCUCUUGUCUCUGCGUAGGCCAGAUAUCUUGCACAGAUCAUUGUCAUGGGGACGCAGGUGGUAGGACGGGCGUUUGCGCGUGCGUUACGGCAAGAAUAUGCAGGUAUGUUCCUCACUCAACAAUGCUUUUGUAUGGUAUUUCAAUGUAAAAUGGACUGUGAAAACAUGUCUCAUUUAGGGCAAUUAAGUCUCUUUCUCUCUCUGAGAGAGAAACGGACUCGUUAGCUGAGAAGGCGACCAACCCUGUCUCUUCUGUCUCUGUCUGCAGCAAGUCAAGCUGCAGCGGAGGCCAGGGGGCGUGCCGGCCAGCAGUCUGCAGCAGCCUCUAGUAUCACUGGGAUGACGUUACAGGAGGCCCAGCAGAUCCUCAAUAUCUCCACGCUCACCCCUGAGGAGCUCCAUAAGGUGUUUACACACACACACACGCAUACACACACACUUAAAAGUACAUUGAAGACGACACCCAGAGAACACAGUCCCUGCCCUAGCCCCUUCCCCUAGGAACUUCACGACACAUAGAUGAUUGGAUGGGUAUAAACAAUGUACCGGUACCUCCAUCUUGUCCCCUAAUAGGCUAGGAGGAGAUGUUGCAUAUUGUUCAUCCCGAUCCAGUGAUAUUUACACAAGUGUCUAUGGGGUAGGGCCCGGGCUAGGGGGUUUUCUGGACAGGGCCACACUCUCAAAUGUCCUCCUUAGAAGACAGGAAGUUCCUUCAUGUGGCCUACAUGCAAGACAGACAAGUUGUGUCCUCCCUUGAAACCCCUUUGGACUAAACUCAAUUGGCACAAUUUCUUGAAUUUUUGAAGUGUUAAUUUGAUUAUAAAUGUAUUUUUUAUUUUUAUUUCACCUUUAUUUAACCAGGUAAGCCAGUUGAGAACAAGUUCUCAUUUACAACUGCGACCUGGCCAAGAUAAAGCAAAGCAGUGCGAUUAAAAACAACCACAUAUGGGGUAAAAAAACAUAAAGUCAAAAAAUACAACAGAAAAUAUAUAUACAGUGUGUGCAAAUGUAGCAAGUUAUGGAGGUAAGGCAAUAAAUAAGCUAUAGUGCAAAAUAAUUACAAUUAGUAUUAACACUGGAAUGCUAGAUGUGCAAGAGAUUAUGUGCAAAUAGAGAUACUGGGGUGCAAAAGAGCAAAAUAAAUAACAAUAUAGGGAUGAGGUAGUUGGGUGGGCUAAUUUCAGAUGGGCUGUGUACAGGUGCAGUGAUCGGUAAGGUGCUCUGACAACUGAUGCUUAAAGUUAGUGAGGGAGAUAAGAGUCUCCAGCUUCAGAGAUUUUUGCAAUUCGUUCCAGUCAUUGGCAGCAGAGAACUGGAAGGAAUGGCGGCCAAAGGAGGUGUUGGCUUUGGGGAUGACCAGUGAGAUAUACCUGCUGGAGCGCAGACUACGUGUGGGUGCUGCUAUGGUGACCAAUGAGCUAAGAUAAGGCAGGGAUUUGCCUAGCAGUGAUUUAUAGAUAGCCUGGAGCCAGUGGGUUUGACGACGAACAUGUAGUGAGGACCAGCCAACAAGAGCGUACAGGUCACAGUGGUGGGUAGUGUAUGGGGCUUUGGAGACAAAACGGAUGGCACUGUGAUAGACUACAUCCAAUUUGCUGAGUAGAGUGUUGGAGGCUAUUUUGUAAAUGACAUCGCCGAAGUCAAGGAUCGGUAGGAUAGUUAGUUUUACGAGGGCAUGUUUGGCAGCAUGAGAGAAGGAGGCUUUGUUGCGAAAUAGGAAGCCGAUUCUAGAUUUAACUUUGGAUUGGAGAUUCUUAAUGUGAGUCUGGAAGGAGAAUUUACAGUCUAACCAGACACCUAGGUAUUUGUAGUUGUCCACAUACUCUAGGUCAGACCCGUCGAGAGUAGUGAUUCUAGUCGGGUGGGCGGGUGCCAGCAGCGUUCGAUUGAAGAGCAUGCAUUUAGUUUUACUAGUGUUUAAGAGCAGUUGGAGGCUACUGAAGGAGUGUUGUAUGGCAUUGAAGCUCGUUUGGAGGUUUGUUAACACAGUGUCCAAUGAAGGGCCAGAUGUAUACAAAAUGGUGUCGUCUGCGUAGAGGUGGAUCUGAGAGUCACCAGCAGCAAGAGCGACAUCAUUAAUAUACACAGAGAAAAGAGUCGGCCCAAGAAUUGAACCCUGUGGCACCCCCAUGUAUUUACUUAUUACGCCAUUGGUGGUGCCAACCUGUUCAUGACUGACCCGCUUUACUUUGUCAACAGAACUAUGAACACCUUUUUAAAGUCAACGACAAGGCAGUGGGCGGCUCCUUCUAUCUACAGUCCAAGGUGAGGUUCAUUGUUUCAUUUCCAGUAUCGCGCCAUCUCUUUGCGAGCCAGUGCUUACUAGUGCCAGAGAGGCUUGAAACCAAGAGACUCAACAAUCAAUUGCUUCCUUCCUGUAACAACCGCUAUGAAGACUCAGACCACCUCCUUGAGGUAUUUACAGGAAGUAAUGGCAAGUUGAGUCUCUUGGGUUUCAUACCUCUUCGGUGCUAUUAAGGCUUGCACAGAGCCUUGCACAGGGCUGUCCUGAUAACUGAAAUUAGGCUAAUAAUAUUGGAUAGUCACUACAGGUCUGAGAAUGUGCCCUGUCAUAAUAAUCAUGAUCAUGCCUUAUUGCUUAUAUUAGGAUACCACAUGCAAGAUCCAGUGCGAGCCUAAAUUCAUAUUUACAAUGUCAAUGCAUCAUUAUGAUAACAGGGUAGUAGAUCAAUAUGAUUUGCCAUGUAUUGAGGUGCACUGCUAAGGAUUUUGCUCAAGUAAUUGUGUGUCCUGUCUGUCUGUCUGCUUGUGUGUGUGUCCAUGUCUGUCCCUGUGUGUAUUUUAAAGGUGGUGCGAGCAAAGGAGCGUCUAGAUGAGGAGCUCUCUAUUCAGACACAGGACAGUAAACCCAAGCCCCCACCAGAGCAGAAGCAACAGACUCCAGAAACAUGAACCGUCCCCCUCCCUACCCCACCCACUGUAAAUUAUACCCUCAAUAAAAGCC